AUGGGCUUGCUACACCUCACCGUAGCUCUGGCCCUCGCGGCGUCCACUCAUUCACUUGGUUUACCAGCUAAUCAUGAUACCACCGUCACAGAGACCCUCACUAGAUUUGUCUUCACCUGCCCUUGCGAUUCGACCACCUCUGUCAGCAUUGUCAUCGGGAGCUUUGACCUCAUCGUCAAGCUCGCUAUCUCGUUCAGGCACCGGAUCACGACCGGCGACAAACCAGCCCAGUUCACACCAUACCACUGCGGAUUCUUCAUCCAAGUCCACCUCAACCACUGCUAUUUGGACUUCUGUUUCUACAAGCCUGCCCAGAACAUCUACUGGCAGCUCGAUCACAUUCAGGUCCACUUCCAUGUACUCGCCUGUCAGCCCUUCUCUGUCGACGACAGCCAUCGCAACAAGCUCCUCGCCUACCUUUUCAUCAAGCAUCUCGACCUCGACCUCGACGUUGGACAUCUCAACAAAGAUGUUCUCGAAGUGCGGACAUUGACAGUACCUGGUGCAGAUUGUUCUACAACGACAUCCACAUCGGGAAUACCGACCACUACACCGGCCUCGAGUUCCACGCCUUCUACUGCAUCCACCACUGUGGGUGCGAGCUCGUCUGCGGACACAAGCUCAACUACUCCAGCGGAUCCUGCCACGUCUUCAAGCAUUGGGACUUCAACCUCUGCAGAUCCUGAUAGUCUCCCCAGGACGACAAGCCUGACCACCGUCUCUGUCACUCUGACCACCUCGGGAACCUCUUCUACCACUUUGACUGCAGAUACAUCAACCCCUUCAGUUGGUCAGCCCUUUUCCAUUCAGGUAAACACUGCUGGACCAGGCAAACACAAGCGAGACAUCCUGGUUGUGGGGUAUGUCAAUGGAGCACUCGUGCUUGUGAGCUCUCCAGCUGAUGCUGUGGCCUUCGUUCUCACGUCUGAUGGCGUGCUGAUGAUUUUCGGCACCACUUUGGUAGUUGGCUUCGGUGGUGGUUCGGGAACUUCAGCUUUGAUGAUUUAUUCAUCAGUUUCAGCCAUGCCAACAACAAUAGUAUGGUCAAUCUCUGGUAGCGCUCUUGUCUUGCCAGGGGCUGGCUUCUGCGUUGGUGCGGGCAACGUCAUGUCCGUCAAUGUUGGCUCCGCGACAGACAGCAGCUGUGCCCCUGUCACCCCUGUGCCGGAUACAGACACAGACUCCUACAACACUGAAGUCGCUAGCACAGUCACGCCGUCACCACAAACCUCGCCGGUGACAACACAGGCCUCGACCUCGACUACAGUUGACAUUACUUCUACUACCUCUUUGUCCUCGUUGACAACCACGCCUAUAAUUAUCAGCUCUACCUCCAGUCUCACUUCAACGGUCUAUGUCUCGACCAGCAGUCAAAUCUUGGAUAGCACAACCUCAGGCAGCAGCGCGACCACAACCACAACAACCGCAACGAAAACCGAGGAGACAAGUGGACCAAAUUGCUCUAUACUACCGCUGCAAGAUCAAACUGCACCGAGUGGCACUCAAUAUACGCAAUUCUUCUAUAGCUGCUUUGCAGCCAUUCCCACGACUCUCGGAGAUAGCUACUCUCUCGUCACCUCAGGUGAUGGAGAUUAUAGCAGUGAUCCCACCGCCUUUUUGAAUCAGUGUGUGGCGACUGCCGAGCAGCUGAGCGCCAGUGUUUGGACUUAUUACCAGUCGUCGUCAGACUUCAAAUGGCAUUGUGGCUUUUGGACUGGUCUGGUGGCAGAUGAUGGGAUUUUUGUGGACGAUGAGACAGUUUUCACCAUGAAUGCUAUGACAGUGCUUGGGGGUGAUGAUACUUCAAGCAGCACCAGCACUUCCUCUAGCUCUACAGCAACAUUGUCGACCUUCUCCAGCCAGACGCUUACAAGCUCAACCUUGACUACUACGUCCAGCUCAUUCGUAACAACAACCACGACCAGUGUGACAAGCACGACAUCAUCCGCAAAUUGCGUGGCUACAUCGGCUUCAGUCGGCGACGUGUUGGAUACCACGACCGGAAAUUCCUGGAUUAACUUCUUCUCCUCUGGGUGUGGAUUGUCCUUGGAUUGGCAAACACUGGACUUUAACAAUCUUUACGUAUAUCAACGCACCGAUUAUACAUUCGAGGAGGCAUUGCUCGAAUGCGCUCAGGUUGCUGAUAAUGAUGGCUCUCCGGUCUUCGAAUUUGAGACUGAUAUUCGCAAUAACAAUCGAUGGGUGUGCUGGACCCUUAACGGCAUCACCAAUGAUCCGGCACAAUUCCAGCCCUAUCCAGGAAUUGCAGAUGCAUACGGCUGGUAUCUACCUAGCAGAAUGGUUUCGGUGACAACUACAUCAUCAACCACGACGUCUGCGCCUUCAAGCACCGUGUCAACUCUGACUACGACUUCAGCCCCUAGCGCUACAACUAGUCAGUCUACGCUCGCUCCUCCAACCACACCGUCAAUCCUGACAACAACUUCCGCCUCCCCCACAACAAUUGCAACAUCUAGCUUGACUACAACUUCAACCUCUGUUACCACCACCACCACGGCGGCAGCGUCGUGUCAACCAACAAAUCUCGUUGACUCAAACGGCGACACAUGGCAAGUUCUUUGCGACGUGGUUCGACUUGGAGGUGGUGAAGGUACCGGUACCAUUUUCAACCUGGGCACUGGCACUACUCUGGCCCAGUGCAUUGAGCUAUGCGAUGGGAUUGACACAUGCAACAUGGUGGAGGUCGGGCCCGACGACAGUGGUACGGUCUAUUGUUGGGGUCUGACAUCCGUUGUGUCUUGGACCCCGGCCGAAUACGCUGGAUGGGAUACGGCGCUGAAGAUAUCCGGCGACUUCGCUCGUGAUCCUGUCAGCGGCAACACUAUCGACGACACUAUAACUUCAAGCUCAACACUAUUGACCACGACAAGCACCACAACAUCUACUCCAGGAUCCUUGACUACGAUAAGUACGACAACAAUUGACAGCACCGCAACUUCUACAUCAAUCACCACGACGAGCACCUCAACAGUUGACGUCUCGACGACAGCUACGUCAACACCGACCACCACAACAAGCACCAUCAUCGACAUUCCGACAUCAGCUGAGACGUUCUACAUCGCUGCUGAGACGGGAGUGGCGGGUCGCAGGAUCAAGCGAGGCACUCAAUAUCUUGUGCUGAACCCGCAGACUGGCUUGAGCAGUCUUGUCGACUCCCAAUCCGAAGCAAGCACCUUCGUUAUUGCCGAUGAUGAAUCGUUAAUGGUGGUAGUGAGUGGCACACCUGUCUGGGUCGGUUUUACGUUCACCACGCCCACUCAAAUAGUGAUGGCGACUGUUCAACCGGAUCCUCCCGUCACUGCAACGAUUCGUAGCGACGGAGUUUUGACGAUUUCAUCAGUGGUGACUGAGUGCUCACUGAACGGCGGCCUGGUUGUUUCCACUGAUAGCUCGGUUCCUGAGGGCUGCAUCCAAGUUACGUUGAAGGCAGUUUCUGCAACCAUUGUUGAUCCAGUUAGUUCAAGCACAUCUACGUCUUCAUCAGUGCCGGUCGUGACGACUUCCGGCACGACGACAACCACGGGUACGACGACAAUAACAACGACUGCAACUACCCCAACACCGACCUGCACAAAUGGGGAAAUAGUAAGCGAUGCGAAUGGCGACACAUGGGAAACUCUGUGUGGACAGGGGAGCGUUAAUGGAUGGACGUACUUUUCCAGCUUCGCUGAUGUUGCAACUUUGGCCGACUGUAUUGCCAAGUGCAAUGAAGAUGGCUCGUGCAAUGCCGUCUCUAUCGAAUAUCGAAACCUAGGGACCAAUAUGUGCGGUUUUAUCUACACGACAAUCGAUUUCCAGCCGUACGACUUCACUGCAGAUACGGCGAUCAAGGUUUCGGGAGCGAAUGCCAGGCCUCAAAUCGACUUCUCUGGCUCAUCCACGACAACAACGACAACGACAACGACAACGACAACGACAACCGGCAGUGUCUCAAGCACGGCUACAACUUCGGCCACAUCAACAACCACGAUACCUGCAUGUACACCUUCGGCAAUCGGAGAUGUCACCGCCCUUUAUGAUACAACCCAGACUUUCCGUAACGUUUACACAGGUUGCGGUGAGUCAUUGGAAGGAGCGACGACAGGCGGUCUGCAAUAUCUUCCGAAGCAGUUCGCAGUCCAAUGGCAAGCGUCAGACAAUUAUGAAGGCUGGACAUUUGAAGAUGCUGUCAGUAGAUGUGUUCAGACUGCCGUCGACAGCGCUGCGACAGCGGUUGAGUUUUAUGUCGAUGUGGAUCAGAAUUGGCUCUGUGUCGGCGUCGACGAUCUGACUUUGGACGACUCCUCCUUCUACACUGAUACGAAUGUGAUCAAUGUCUGGGGUUUCGUCUGGGAGAAUUCGUGCCAGAAUUCGCCGCUCGACGACAUUGUCGCAACAGAUGGAACUGUCUUCUCCGAAUUCUACACUGGCUGCAGUGCGUCGCUCCAAGGCAAUAUACCUGGUGGACUGCAAUACCUUAACCGAGUCGUGUCAGUGCAAUGGCCUGCCCCAGACUAUGCCGACUGGACCUUCGAUGCCGCCGUCAAAUCCUGUGCUGACCAAACAGUCUCGCAAGCUGGCACUAUGUUCGAGUUUUACAUUGGUGCGGAUGAUUCGUGGUACUGUGUUGCAGUCAACGACUUGCCCAUUGAAGCCGACAGUUUCUCUCCUGAUGCGACAGUCGGUAAGGUUUGGGGUUUUGCCAUCACACAAUCUACAGAGGUCUGCGAACCUUCACAACUUGCAGGUUCAGUCCAGUUGGCGAACGGGACUACCUAUGAUGAAUUCUAUGAUGCAUGCCAUGUGUCGCUGGAAGGCAUCAGUGGUGGAGGGCCGGGCUCGAUGACAAAUGUCUUUGGCUUCAAUAACCCACCUGGGGAAGAUGGAAAUCAUGGAGGAUGGACAUUGGAGACGUCGCUACAGCAAUGUAUCACGGACUCAGCAGCCGCUGGGGCGACCUUGGUCGAAUUCUAUGAGAAUGCCGACGAAGAUCCCACGUGGUACUGCUUUGGCGUCGCCGAUAUAUCAGCAGACGAGGAUUCGUUCUACGGCGACGACACUGUUGGCCGCUUGUGGGCUUUCAAGCUUGACGAGUCCACCUUGCCGACAAAUGACUAG